CGUUGGUACUGUGGGUGAGCUCAUCCAAUCACAUCUACAUUUGUGACUACUGUAUAUUUCCCUUCUUCCCAUUUCCUUCUGUUUAUUCUUCUUUCUCUUUCUCUAUCCUCUCCUUACUCAAAAACCUAUUUUGCUUCUAACUACUGCCUCCCUUAACUAACCCUCCCUUUUUAUCAUUUCCCAACCCAUUCUCUUAUCCUCUUCCCUUCCAUUACCCUAUUGGGUAAGAUAGAUUUCUAUACACAGCUCUGUGUGUGUGUGUGUCUAAGAUGAAAAUGGAGAGUCUGGCUGUAGAUUUUAAUCGUUUAUUAUGGUUUAUUGAUGGAAAAGAGAGGGGAGAAAGAUGAAACAGAGAAAUAGAGGUAGAUUUCUCUUAAAGUAAGAUCACCCUGAUCUCAGUGUCUCUAUUUAGCUUGCUGUUCCGCAGCAGCAAUUUGGAACCUCCAACUGGUAGGUACCAAGAUGGAAGUUGAGAGCCCCAAAUCCGGUUGGGCCUCAGGUUAUCUAACUUUCUCUCUGCCCACUGACUCACACAUCAUGCUUUGUGAGCCAACUGUCGCCCUUCCUCCUUUGAUCUGCCCAGGAGAUAUUCAGCCUGCCUUCUGUCUUGUUGUCCCUCUACCUUAAUUGCUGACUUUCCUGCUGACCCUAGGGGGCACCAAAGUUUAGAUUCUAUCCUCAUCAAAGUCCCCUUAAUAAGUUCCUUUACACAAUCUCUAUCUAUCUAUCUAUCUAUCUAUCUGGCUGUCUGGCUGUCUGUCUAUCUAUCUAGUAUUCCCUCUUUGAGCUCAUUCCAAUGAGAGUAAGGUUCAAGCAUUAUUUGCCAUGACUGCCUUCCAUUUUUCCCUCACUCUAAAAGCUCUUUCUUGUAUGCCUUUUUUAUAUGAGAAAAAUUUCCCCAUCUACCUCUCCCUUUCCACUUCUUCCACUGUAUCCCUCUUUUUCACCCCUUAAGUGUUUUGGAGAUCAUUCUAACAUAAUCAGUUUGCACCUAUGUGUAAACUUCUUUUAAUUGGAAAUUCUUGAGUGAUCCUGAUUUUGGUUCCAUAAUAUUUCAAUUGUUUUUUUGUUGGUUGAAAUAUUUUCUCAACUUGGGAGCUCUGGAAUUUGGCUAUAAUGUUUCUGGGAAUUUUCAUUUCCAUAUCUUUCAGGAAAUGAUCAGUGGAUUCUUUUAGUUUCUAUUUUGCACUCUGGUUCUGGGAUAUCAUGUUUUCCUUGAUAAUUUCUUGAAUUAUGAUGUCUCAGCUCUGUGAUUGAGGCUUUCAGUAAUUCUUGAAUUAUCUCUCUUUGAUAUAUUUUCUAGGUCAAUUGUUUUUCCAAUGAAAUAUAUCAAAUUUUUGUCUUAUCUUUUAUUCAUUUGACUUUGCUUUAUUGUUCCUUGGUGCCUUAUGGAGUCAUAGCUUCCAUUUGCCCAAUUCUAAUUUUUUAAGGAAUUAUUUUCUUCAGUGACAUUUUGUAUUUCUUCUCAUUUGGCCAAUUCUACUUGUAAGGAGUUCUCUUCUUCAGUGGAUUUCUAUACUUCCUUUCUAUUUGGCCUAUGUUUUUUAAGGUGUCUUUUUUUGUGCCUCCACCAAGCUAUUGACUUUUCUGUAUCUCUUUCUUCAACUCUUUUAAGAAUUCUCCUUGAGUGUGGGUAUAAUGAACAGUUUUCUUUGAGGUUUUAGUUGUAGCAGUUUUCAUGUUGUCUAGCUUUUUUUCAUGGUAAAGUUGUUUGUUUGUUUUUUCUCAUUUUUUUCCAGCCUAUUUCUUAACUUUGAACUUUAUGUUAAAGAUGGGCUAUAGAGGGCAUGUAGGUGCCUCAUGGCACCUGUGGAUAGAGAGUCAGGCCUGGAGAUAGAGAGGUCCUGGGUUCAUGUAUGGCCUCAGACACUUUCUAGUUAUAUGAGCUUGGGUAAAUCACUUAAUCCUAAUUGCCUAGCCCUUAUUUGUCUUCUGCCUUGAAACCAAUAUGUAGUAUUGAUUCUAAGAUGGAAGAUAAGGAUUUUUUUCAAAAAAUAAAAAUAAAAUAGAGCUAUAUUCAUUUGAGGAUGAGGGAACACUGUUUUCACUAUUUUCAUUUCAUAUUUUUAUAUCUAUAGACUGAAGUAAAAUGAAGCAAUAUAUGUUUAUUUCAUAUGUAUAUAUUUUAUUUCAUUAUUUUUAUUUAGCUAACAUUUUGUGGUACUUAUUAUGUGCCAAGCCUUGUACUAAGUGUUUGUAAUUAUUAUCUCAUUUGAUUCUCAAAACAACCCUGGGAAGUAAAUGCUGUUAAAUUGUCCUCAUUUUAACUGAUAAGCAACUUGAGGCAAACAGAGGUUAAAACACUUGUUCAGGGUCAUCCAGCAAUAUCUGAGUUCAAAUUUGAACUCUGUUCUUCCUGACUCUAGGCCUGGCAAUCUAUCUACUGUGCCACUUAGCCUCCCCCAUGAAAUGUGAGGGAUGAAAAUAAUUAGCAGAUUUUUGCUAAGCUUCUAUUAUUUGAAAACUUUACUACAAAAGUUCUUUUCUUUUAAAAUCCUUAUCUUCUGUCUUACAAUCAAUACCAGCUAUUUAUUUUAAGGCAGAAUAAUAUUCAAUAUUUUCAUUAUUUCAUGUUUGUUAUUUCCUUUCUGGCUUUUUCUGCACUGCUAUUUUCAGAGCUAGUUCUUGGGGCUGCAGUUUUCAGUGCUUCCAAGGUGGUGUGAUCCAGAAAGAGGUGUGGUCACUACUGUCCUGGUCUGCUCUCUGGUCUACCCAAAGGGCCGCUGGUCCCCUAUAGCCACAGCUACUAUUCUUUUAGAACCCUGACCAGGACUCCUGCUUUUCUGCAUCUACAGACACAAGGCUCCUUUCUUGCUUGGAACUGAAACCAGUUCCAAGUGCUCUUUUGUGACUGACCACAAGUGUUCUUUUCUACCUUGAAACUUCAACCCAGAAGUGGUGUGGGCAAUAGGGUUUCUAAUCAGCAUCAGCUGCACCCAGUGAUGGCAAAGAUUCACCUGUGAUCUUCAUGACCAGUGCUCUGACCCCCUUACAGUUUCUUGGCUGAGAGUUCCUGAAGCUGCUGCUGCUGCUGCCAUGCUCCGCUCUGGGCUGGCAUCCACCCCAAUAACACACAUUUCCCCUUUGGACCACCUAAGUUGUCUUAGGCCAGAAAAAUGUCUCCUCCUCACCUUCUGUGGGCUCUACUGCUCCAUAAUUUGAUUGGAAGAAGUUUCAAGGGGAAUGUUGAGAGGCUUCAAGUGAGUUGCUGCUUCUAAUCUGUCAUCUUGAUAGUUAAAUUCUGCUAAGCACUAUAUGAUUAUUAUUUCAUUUCCCUCACAAUAGCCUGGGAGAUGGGUGCUAUUAUGAUCCCUAUUUUAUAGUUGAAGAAACAGAGCCAGGCAGACAAUAAGUGACUCGUCCAGGGUCAUGGAGCAAAUAAGUGACAGAUUUUGACUCAGGUCUUCUUGUCUCAGGAUUAUUGCUUUAGCCUCUGCACCACCUAAUUGCUCCCUCUAACACAGUGGAAUUGGAUUAGAUAGCAUCUGAGGUCCCCAGAGAUACUUCUUAUUAAUGGUUUGCCUAAGAAAUAGUAGGACCUUUGGACAGAAACACUCAACUUGGGUUUAGUAGUUUGGGGAUUUGUUUAUUCGCCCUAAUUUGUGCUAUGAUUUGGAGUAGUCACUUCUUAUCUACCUUCAAUUUUCCCAUUUUAUCAAUGAGGGAAAUAAAUCUGUUCUAUGGCCAACUAUGAUGAUCAUAAUAAUAGUUUUUAUAGCAUUUGCUAUAUCUAUAUCUAUAUAUCCCUGUGCUAUUUGAUCCUCACAACAAUGCUAGAAAUUAGGUGCUAUUAAUUAUCCACUUAAUUUCCCCUAUGAAAUGUCCUUAAAGGGACAAAAAUAAUCAGAUAUUUACUGAAUUAUUAUUUGCAAACUUUGCCAACUAGGUUCCUUUAUUUUUUUUAAACCCUCGCCUACUCAUACCCAGUGCCCUUUUAAGCAUUUUCUCUUUCAAUUUUCAUUUCCUCCCCUGACCAUUCACUUUUCCCCUGCAACUUUCAUUUUUUACCCCUUUUGCCCUGUAUCCUACCUCCCUACUCUACUCUUCUGAUUGCUUAUUUUCCAUCUUUUCAAAGCAGCAGUCAGCCAGUUCAAAAUCGUCAUUCUUGACUGUCCAUUCUUUGCUGCAGUGGAGAUUCAAAGGUGUAGAUACUGGAAUUAGAGCUAUAGUUGGGGAAGGUAGACUACAAUUCAAUUGUUCCAAUUAACCAAGGUGUUGAAAUGUAGAGCUUCAAUAGACUUUUGGGUGCAUCAUGGUCCUCUUUUAGUACCACAUUCCAGCCCCCUGCAUUUAAAGUUCAAGAUUCCCCCUCUAUCAGGCAGGCCCUGGCUCACCACCCCUAACCCAACCUCUCUCCAGAAGCCUCCUGCUGCAUUUGCCACCAGUUCUUACCACAUCUUAGGAUAGAGGAGAAAGUACAUGCCUAGUAAGGCUUUAUUCCUCCACCUACUCUUCUGCCUCCUCCCAUUAAGGCUUAACUACCUGACAAAUAGACUUGCCUCUUUACUCCAUGUCCUAAUUGCAAGUGGCUCACCAUUAAAGCCACUUGCACCAUGGUGUGAUGAAGGUGAAGCCUGGUUGAUUGACAGUGGGCCUAUAGGGCACCAGUGGCAGGGUUUUCCCAUGCCUAGGCCCUAUUUCUAGCUUUGCUUGCCCUGAGAUUCCAAAAUCUCUAGUUAUAGUUGUGUGACAAAAUACCCUGAUACAUAACCCACCCUUUUCUGAAAAUGUGUCUUAUGUGUUUCUUACAGCAGGAAAUUUGUGCAUUGCUACUGUUGCAUUCUUAAAACUUGAUCCCUUAUGUAAUAUCUUCUGAUUCCUCAAAAAACCCUUUGUGAAGCCAGAAUCAAGAGGAACACUUAAUUCUAGAUUCAGUGGGAGGUAGCCCAGGAGUGUGAGUAGAAGAGCAAGGAAACUCAUUAGGAUUCUAGCCAUAUAUGGUGUUGUAAAUAUUUGAUUAGGAAAACAUUAUGACACUGGACAUAAUAUUUUUCAGCUCUUUUUUUUUUUAAAUAAACAAAUGCUUCAUAUUAUGUCUUGUAUUUGCUUAUGCUUAUAUUUAUUAAAGAGUGUAGUUUGCAGAAUUAACCUUUUUUCCUUCCCCCCAAAACCAAUGGGUUCACAAAAUGUUCUUAAUCAUAUCUCUUCUAAUUCAGCACUGGAAUAUUUUGAAAAGGGUCAUUUGUUUAUAUUCUAAAAGGUUGGUUAUGCAGUGGAUGGUCAAUGUUAAAUUGAAGCAUUCCUAACAAAUUUUACAAAUGAGCGACUAUAACAGUGAAAAGAGGGAUGGACUUGAGAGUCAGAAGACCUGGGUUUUAAUGCUGUCAUUGCAUGCUCUGAUUCUCAGGUUCACCAUUCAAAUAGCAGAGUGUCUCCAUUAUGGUUUGUCAGUAUUUCUAUCUCUAUAAUCUUUUUACUAAUUAAUCUCACUGCCACCAUCCUAGUAUAGGACUUGGGUAGUAUCCCAACUGGCCUUCCUCUCCAAGCCUACCACAUCCAUCACAGCCAGUUCCAAACAUCAGCCAAAAUGGAAUAUAUGUUCUAUAUGUGUAUCCUAUGUUUUUCUGCCUCCAUGUCUUUACAUGGCUCCUUCCUUAUUCAUGUGAAUGAUAAUAAUCAUAAUAGUAACUCAUUUUAUAUGAUGUUUUUAUCCUGCAUUUUCCUUAAACACAGUCCUAUAAAGGAAAAAAAUAAACGCCCCCAUUUUGUAAAUGAGGAAACUAAGGUUUGAAGGAGGAGGAUUUAACUGGAUGGCUUAGGAGGCUUGAGUAAGGAAAUGAUCAUUUUUAGUCAGACAGGGAAGACUCAUGGAUGACAUUGUCUUUAAGUAGUUGAAGAGCUAUCAUGUGAAUGUCUAGAGAGUUUGUGACUUGCCCAGGGUCAUAUAAGUGGGAAGCAAAGAGCCAGGAUUUGAAUCUAGGUUCAACUUCAGUGGUCUUUCCAGGGCACCUCAUUUCAUUUUGUUUGAUUCUUAAAGUAGGAACAAACAAGGGAGAAGUUGCAGAAAGGCAGAGUUAAGUUCUAAUGGGAAAUUUCCUAACAAUGAGGAAUACCUUAGAGUGAAAUGGGCUAUACCAAGGCUUUCCCCUGAGUAGAGAUCUUUUUUUUUCAACUCUUAUGUUCCCUCUUAGAAUUGAUACUAAGUAUCGGUUUGGAGGCAGAAGAGCAGUAAAAGGAUAGGCAAUUGGGGUUAAAUGACCUGCACAGGUCACACUGCUGAGAAGUUUCUGAGGUCACAUUUGAACCCAGGACCUCCUGACCCUAGACUUCAGUCCCUAUCCACUGAGCCACCUAUUUGCCCAUCCCUCCGUAGAGGUCUUUAGGCAAAGGCUGGAUGACUAAUUAUGGCGAAAGUUGUAAGAAAAAUGAUAUCUUUUCAGGUAUGGGUUGAGCUAUGUAUGGUUUAUGAUUCUAACAAAAUAUGAGAAACAUGAAAAAAAAUGUUUUUCCAGUUGGGGUAGUACUGGGAGUUAGGGAGGGAUGGGAAGAACUUGGAUUUGGGAAAGGUUGGCUUUAGAGUUAGGCUUGUAUGGAAGGAAAGAAUAAAUAGAUCCACAGUGGAGGAGUGUUCUCAGAGGAGAGCAGUGUGAGAAAAGGCAUGAAAGCUAGAGAGCAGAAUCAUAAUGAAAUUUUUCUGGAGCACAUUUAUAAAAGGGAAUACCCAUGGAGGAACUGGAAGAGGUAGGCUGAACUCUGAAUGUAGAGAACUUUGAAUGGCAGAAUAAGUUUGCCCUGAGGCAAUGGAGAACCAUUUUGGAUAACUUCAUUUGAUCCUUGUAGCAGUCUUUGUGGCAGGUACUUCCAACCCAGGUCUCCUAACUCCACAGGGCUCAACCAGGAAUACAGCAGAGGUAGGCUUCUAAGGGAGAGGGAAAGGGAAGGGGGAAGGUGACAAACUCGGAACUAGAUUAAGAGCCUUUAAUCUUGCAGUAAAAUUGGGUUUAUGAGUUGCCUUGUGUCCUGGGCUCUAUUUGCUGAGCAAGAAGAGCAGCACUACUUCUUACCAUUCAGCGGCAGGGGUGCUCCCAACCUUCUUAUCCCUAGGUUCUUAACACCCCAAAACGUUCCUCCCCCUUCUGGGCUAUUUCCCUGCUAUCGCCCCACCCCCAAAGGGGCCAACCAAGUUUUACAAACGUCACUCAGGCUUAAACUGCAUUGGGUUGACUUUUGCUCACAUCCCCAACAAAUGACUUUAUUAAAUUCUCAAAAACUAUCAUGCAUGUGUUGUUUCGGCGUGGUCUGUUUUGACUUUAGAAUCAAACUUUGCCCGCCUUCACACCCUUUUGGUCUAACCCAGGUAGCUCUCUGGGAUAGGUGGGAAAAAAAGGUAGCCUUCCCACUCCUCCUCCCCAAAAGAGGGGCCAAUGAGAGGCCCAGGAGAAAUGAGUGGCGUAAGUCAAAACCAAUGAAUGGGUUUAGCGUCCUGGUUGCAAACGUUAGCGCAGGAAGAGUAGAAGGAGGGACCGGAGGUGGGAGGAGACGCAGCUUCUUCGGUACCAGAAGUGAGAGCCGGUGGGGAGCUCGAAGCACGAAGCUCUCAACCGUAAAGGUGUUUAGCCAAAACAGGAUCAACACCCAUGUCCUCAACAGCCAUCCAAUGGAUCCUAUUCGACCUCCAUUCAGAGGAACUCCUCCUUUCCAUUCACUUCCAUAUCUACGGCUACCAGGAUCUCGGCCACAUGUUCCUAAACUUAUGGACACGACUAUGGGCAGAGCAGGACAGACAGUCCAAGGCAAUUCAUUUGGGAGGCCAAAGGAACCAAAUCUACAUUGUGAGCUAUUACAACAGGAGUCUGUUGGUUUACCAUCUAUGUUCCGUGGACUGGGUUUUGAAACAGCUCCCCACUCCCCUUUGAGAAGAGAGAUACCAACCUUGGGUAGAGGCAUUUUAGGCCGAGGUUUGAGUUUUAAUAAGGCCUCUAAAGGCCAAGAAGAGCUUCUAAAACAGCCAACUUUUCCUGGCCCUUCAGUGUUGGCAGCUGGGGACAGCAAGAUGGCUUCAGUCUCCCUUGGUUGGAAUAGGAUGCUUGGAAGAGGGAAUAUGGAAGUCCCUUUGGGAAGACCAGCUAUUGGCGUAGGCAGAGCAAUAUAUAAAGCACCAAGUGAUUUAUUACCUCCAGAUAAUCCACCAUUAUCAUCAUCAUCAUCACUACCAUCAUCCAAAUCCUCCUUCCCACUCUAUCAAGAUCAUGCUCCAGAUAUUCCUUUUGAACAAAUGGAGAAAAAAGAGCCCCUUGUGAAACAAGGAUCCAAAGGAACCCCCCAACCCUUGGGAUUGAACCUAGUCAAAAUACACUGUCAGAAUGAAGCUGUGUAUCAGUAUCAUGUGACUUUCAGCCCCAAUGUAGAAUGUAAGAGUAUGAGGUUUGGCAUGUUGAAGGACCAUCGAUCUGUCACUGGAGAUGUCACUGCUUUUGAUGGAUCCAUCCUCUAUCUGCCCAUUAGACUUCAGCAGGCUGUUGAGUUGAAGAGUCAGAGGAAGACUGAUGGUACUGAGAUCAGCAUCAAAAUUCAGAUGACCAAGAUCUUGGAACCUAGCUCUGACUUGUGUAUUCCUUUCUACAAUGUUGUUUUCCGGCGGGUGAUGAAACUUUUAGAUAUGAAGCUUGUGGGAAGAAAUUUCUAUGAUCCUACAAGUGCUAUGAUACUACAACAACAUAGGUUGCAAAUCUGGCCAGGAUAUGCAGCUAGCAUCAGGCGGACAGAUGGAGGACUGUUCCUGCUGGCUGAUGUCUCCCACAAAGUCAUUCGAAAUGACUCAGUGUUGGAUGUUAUGCAUGCCAUAUAUCAGCAGAGCAGUGAGAAUUUCCAGGAUGAAUGUACCAAGCUGCUGGUUGGCAAUAUUGUCAUAACUCGAUACAACAAUCGUACCUAUCGGAUCGAUGAUAUUGACUGGAAUAAAACUCCAAAAGAUAGCUUCAUAAUGUCUGAUGGGAAGGAGAUUACAUUCUUGGAAUACUACAGCAAAAACUAUGGAAUCACAGUCAAGGAGGAGGAUCAGCCACUUCUAAUCCACAGGCCCAGCGAGAGGCAGAAUAAUCAAGGGAGGCUGUUAAAAGGAGAGAUCUUGCUGCUUCCAGAGCUAUCCUUCAUGACUGGGAUCCCAGAAAAAAUGAAGAAAGACUUUAGAGCCAUGAAGGAUUUGACCCAACAGAUCAACCUAAGCCCUAAGCAACACCACACUGCCCUGGGAAACCUCCUUCAGAAAAUUUCAAAGAAUGAGAUGGCCAACAAUGAAAUGAUACGCUGGGGACUCUGUCUAGAUACAGAUGUGCAUAAGAUUGCAGGGCGUGUCCUACCAAUGGAAAGAAUAAACUUGAGAAAUAGUUCAUUCAUCACAUCUCAAGAAUUAAACUGGACUAAGGAAGUAACUCGAGAAGCUUCCAUUUUAACAGUUCCUAUGCAUUUCUGGGCACUGUUUUACCCAAAGCGAGCUGUUGACCAAGCCAGAGAGUUGGUUGGUAUGUUGGAGAAGAUAUCUGGCCCCAUUGGUAUGCAAAUGAGCCCACCUGCCUGGAUUGAACUAAAGGAUGACCGAAUAGAGACCUACAUUAGAACCAUUAAAUCCAUGCUGGGAGUUGAGGGGAAAGUUCAGAUGGUGGUUUGUAUCAUCACAGGCACAAGAGACGAUCUUUAUGGAGCCAUCAAGAAACUGUGCUGUGUGCAGUCUCCAGUUCCCUCACAAGUCAUCAAUGCCCGUACUGUUGCCCAGCCUACCAAACUAUGGAGUGUGGCCCAGAAAAUUUUAUUACAGAUUAACUGUAAAUUAGGUGGAGAACUUUGGGGAGUAGACAUUCCAUUGAAACAACUGAUGGUGAUUGGGAUGGAUGUUUACCAUGACCCCAGCAGGGGGAUGCGCUCUGUGGUUGGCUUUGUUGCAAGUAUCAGUCUCUCCCUCACUAAAUGGUAUUCCCGAGUAGUAUUCCAGAUGCCUCAUCAAGAGAUUGUGGACAGCCUAAAGUUGUGCCUAGUGGGUUCCUUAAAGAAGUACUAUGAGGUAAACCACUGCCUGCCAGAGAAAAUUGUGGUGUACAGAGAUGGGGUAUCAGAUGGCCAGCUAAAGACAGUCACCAGCUACGAGAUCCCCCAGUUACAGAAGUGCUUUGAAGCUUUUGAAAAUUACCAGCCCAAGAUGGUAGUAUUUGUAGUCCAGAAAAAAAUUAGCACUAACCUAUACUCAGCUGCUACAGAGAAUUUUGUAACUCCCUCCCCAGGUACUGUAGUGGACCACACCAUCACAAGCAGAGAGUGGGUGGAUUUCUACCUACUUGCCCAUCAUGUUCGGCAGGGCUGUGGCAUUCCUACACAUUAUGUGUGUGUUCUGAACACUGCAAACCUGAGCCCUGACCAUAUGCAGAGGUUAACUUUCAAGCUUUGCCAUAUGUACUGGAAUUGGCCUGGCACCAUCAGAGUCCCAGCACCCUGCAAGUAUGCCCACAAGCUAGCUUUCCUGUCUGGACAAGUCUUACAUCAUGAACCAGCCAUCCAGUUGUGUGAGAAGCUCUUCUUCCUAUAACCCAAUGAGUUGGCAAGCACAUUGGGGAAAGAGAAAAAUCAGUUUUCUGGAUUUGUGUAGAAACCUCAGCUAUGACAUUUCCAGGAUGAUCAGAGGCAAAAGGUGGAAUUUUUGAGUUGCUUUUUUCCCCUUCUUCAACCCAGUAUAUAUAUAUAGAUAUAUUUUUAAACAUUUUUUUCAAACUGUUACCACCAAGAAAACUGGAAUCUUUCAGCCUCUUUUGACUUGAAAAUUAUCAUUCCCUAUGUGGGAAAGAGAUAGAGCAUUGCCACUUUGGGAGGUUUGGAAGAAGUCAAAACAAAACAAAACUUUUUAAGAGCCUCCAAGUCAGAUAGAACUGCAAGAAUCUAUAGCAGCUCUGUUCUCCAAACCCCCAUUUUCCUUUCUGGUGCAAUAAGAGAUGUGGUCAUUGCAAGUUCUUUAAGGAGACAUUUGGACAAUUGAGGAAGGAUUAAGAGCUGUUUCUUUAUAACAGGUAUUGCCCUUGCUGGCCUGGUGCUUAGCCUUUCUGUGGCAUUGGGCUCAAUUCAGCAAACAUUUCUCAUAAUAAUUCUGAUAUAAAAGCCUAUUUUAUUUUUUUAAAUAAAUUUUUAUGGAUAUCUUUUGUUUUUACAUCACCUAAAUUUCCUAGUGCUGAUUUUGUCCCUCCUCCACACAGAGAGCCAUUCCUGUAAUAUAAUUUAAAAAGAGAGGGAAAAAACAGUUCAGCAAAGCUAACCAGAUAAUCUUCAAAAAAAUCUGAUAUGCACCCUUAGAUCUUCACCUCUAAAAAUAAUUGAGGAAGAUGUUCAAGGUUUGUUUUCAACCCUCACUUUUGAUCUCUCUGGUACUCCACAGAUUUUGAAUGGACCUAGUUCUGUUGUUUGGGUUAACAUUCAAGCUGCCAAACUAGUGGUUUAAACUUUCUAUUUUGAAUUUUGCCUCCCAACUCCAAAUAAUUCCACCUUGUUUAGUUACCAAUGGGUUGCAUCAAUUUCUUAACGAAAAAGUUCUUAAACCUAGAAGGGAAACAUUGGUGCAUGGGUAAUCUUUGGGGGGAUUUCCAAGUAUAAUACUUCUUUCCCACCAGUCUAGUUAAGUCUGUUAUUUACAUAUGGAAGAAAACUGAAAUACUUAAUUGCCUUGAAAAGUAGCCUCUUCUUGGCCACUCAGUUUUCUAGAAAGUUUUCUAAAGCUAGGACAAAUUUUUUAGCAACUCAGCUUUUAAAAAUGUAGUGAAAGGCCGAAUAACAAAAUCUCCAUACAUAAUGGAAGGCUGCCAGUAUGUUUAUAUGUACUCCCCUUUGUUUUGAAGGAAAACCUUUCAGUCUUUCUUAUCAGUAUUGAUUCUUUUUUUUUACUGUUUUAAAAGAGUUGAUCUAAUUUAAUUCCUUCCUCUCAUCACCACAUAUUUACUUGUGAAUUGUGAGAAAAAGAAACUUUAGCCAAAAACUCUUUAGGAAAGCAGUUAGAAAGUUGUUUUGGUUUAGAGUAGAGUUCACAGGAAGUUGGGAAGAUAUAAGCCAUGUCACUUCUUUGGCAUAUUUCUGUUUUUAUUUAGGUAUUGGGGGUAGAAUAAAAAAAAGCCAAGCACUUGGAAUUUUAAGAACACUAAACUAAAUAUGUUGAAUCACUGGUCUUUAACUUUCUGAUCUGAUUCUCUCUGCAAGCAUUUUUAAUUUUUCUUUUGAAGUUUUACUUUUUAAAAUCCUGUCAAUCUGAUAUAGUCAGAAAAGUUAAAAACAUUACUUAAGUAUAAUGAAAAUCUACCUUCACUUUUUCUUUCAAGUUUCCUAACCUUAUUUUUCAGUCUUAAUGUUGAGUAAUUAGUAGUAAAAGAAAAAAAUUGUAUAAUUUAUUGCUUAAGAUUGGUGAGACACUGAAAUACUUUCCUAGUAGGUGAUAUAAUCAUUAACAUGAUUCAGAAUGUCUAGAGGUCUUGGCUGCUGAGCCUGUGCUAAUCCGUCAUAGUGAUUAGAAACCACUAGGGUUUGGUUUUGAUUUUUUUUUAACCAUUGAUACUUCAUCUUAUUGAGUUGCAAGUGUGUUUUUUCACAAUGCCAGAUGAAACUGAGGCACAAGUUGUUUACUUAUCAGGAACAAUGUCACCUGCAAAACUAACCGCACAAAUUGACCAAAUAAGCCUCUCUUUUGUUGUGGGCAAUUUGUCCUGAUGACCAGCCUCAUCUUCAAGAGUCUUAACUAGAUAUAGAGGGAGACAUUUUCUCUCCCUUUAGUUGUAUCACUACAGAGCAUAGCCUUAGAGUCUUGCCCAGUGUUUCUAACCACAUCAUUAUUUAUAAGUCUGCAAGAGCAAUAUGAAAUAUCGAUGCCAUGAGCUCUCUGUCACUACAGAUCCUAGGUUACAUUGUGCCUCCACUGGACAUUUUGAUGUUAUUAAGAUCUUCCUGCUCCAUCUCUUCAGUCUGAUCACCUCAUUAAGUUACAGAAAUCCCUCGUUGUCUUGCUCUUGCUUUAUGUGGGGGGGCCAUGGCCAACAGAGAAACUGCCCCACAAAGCCAUGAUGAGUCCUGUCCCUGGGAAGGUUACUUCUCUUCCUCUGGUGUAUUUUCCAUACUUCAGGCCUUCUCCUCAUUUCUCCAGAUUUAACUGAACUGGACAAGACUCUAUGGCUAUACUAACAAGUAGAAGAGAAAGUUUGAGGGGGGGGAGUCACUCCAGACUUUUCUCCUGAUAGCCUCUGAAUAAAGGACCAGCCAGUUUCAUUGUCUAGAAUGUUUUAUGAGAAGCUUCAUUUAAAUAAGAGAAAUUCUGCAGUUUGAAUGCAAAAACUGGAGUAAAAUUUUUUCAUGUAUCUAUGAAAAUACAGUAUUUAACAGUUUAAAAAUUAUGUUGAUACAAUUAUGUGAACAUAAUCCAUGGGAAGUUGCUCCAACCGACAUCAUUUUUAAUAGCAUAAUUAAAAUAACACUGAAACCCAUUCUAAAGUUAUGAAGCGCUUAAGUGAUAUGAUUCAUCUAAUCAUCUAUUUACAAUUCAAUUCAAUAAAGAUUAUUAUGGCAGGCAGAGGUGUGUGCUAAGACUGCUAGUCCAGCCUCUCUGGGCUAUCACAGUAAUUGGGGGGAAGAGUUAAGAUACAUACAAAUCACUAGAAUAGAAGAGACACAUGAAAAAGGUGUAGAGUGCUAUGUGAGGUCUUGGAGAAAAGGCAGGAAUCCAGGAAGGAUAUGGUGGUGUAGUAAGAAUACUUCACGUGGAGCUGGAGGGAUAGCAGGUUUUAAAUUCUUCCUCUGAUACCAUGCGUCACCAUGAGUAGCUCACAGGGCGGCUGCGAAGAUCAAACAUAGUAUGUAAGACACUUUGUAAGGCCUGUAACUGGGCUGCUGUCAUUCCUGGAGGAGUUGGCAUUUCAAACAAUAUUUAAAAGAUGGUUGAGUGAUGAGAGCAUUUUAAAUAUGGAGAAUAGUGUAAGCAGAGGCAGAAAAAUAUCACGUGUACCAAGAACAAUGGGUAGUGUAGAUAGGCUGGAACUUUAUGUGGAGGGAAGUAUGAGAGGAGGCUGGAAAAAUAGGGUGAAUGUUAGUUGUGGAAGGUCUUAAAUCUCAGGCAAAAGUUAUCAUGAUUUAAUAAGCAUUAGGGAGACACUGAAAGGUUUUGAGAAGGAGGGCAUGAUCAGCAAGUCUCCUAUACAGCUGCCCCUAUGCUCAUUCACUUAUGAUUCAGCUAGUUAAUGUAGGGUACACCUGUUCAGUUCAUUUCACUGUAUUAAAAAGGUACUAAGGGGAUAGCUAGGUACACAAUGGAUAGAGUGCCAGGCCUGCAGUUGGGAGACCCUGGGUUGAAAUCUGGCCUCAGACACUUCCUUGCUGUGGGACCCUGGGCAAAUGACUUAACUCCAACUGCCUAGCCCUUACUGCUCUUCUGUCUUAAAACUGAUACCAAGGUAAAAGGGAAGGGUUUUAAAAAGGGUGCUAAGAAGUUAAUGACAACCACUUUCAAAAAGUGCUUGGUAAAUGCUAAGCACUAUGUUAAUGUAAGUUAUAAUAAAGUAAGUAAGUAACUUAUUCCCACCUCUAAAAGCACAAGCCAAGGCACUGAUCACCAGAUUGAUCUUUGCCUGCCCCCCACCCCAAAUCUUUUUGUAAUCACAUGGGAAGGUAAGCCUUGACCAAGAACAACAUGAAUCAUACAACACUUUCUCUCUGAGAUCAGAUAAAUCAAAGAUUGCCUCUGCUAAGCUUAUAAACAUUCAUAUUUUGGCCAUUUCCUUAGAAAAACUUGUUUAGAAGUAGUUUUUUGAUGUUCAAAAACCAGUAAGUAAAUAUGGGUUGAUCUAAUAUUGUUAUAAAGAGAAUUAAGCAUAGUCAGUCCAACAUCCUAAUGACCAUGUUAUUUCUAGCAAGUCCCUAUAUACUCUCCAUUGCUCUUUUUUAAUGUUUUAUUGAUACUUUUUUUUACAUCAGUGUUGCUUGUCUGCCCCUUUUCCCUUGUAACAGAUAAGUAUCUUUAUGAAAAAUAAAUCACCACAUUGACUUUGUCUGGAAAUGUAUGUCUUCUAUACUUGUGUCCAUUACCUUUAUGUUUCAUAGUUCUUAGAAGUCACCACUGACUACUGCAGUGAUCAAAAAGCUCUUAUUUUUCAAUGUUGUUUCCCUUUAAAUUAUUCAUAGUUGGCAUUGUGGAAAGUGUUCUGGUUCUUGCUUUCCUUUGGAUCAACUCAUACAACAUAUCCUAAAUUACUUUUAUUCUUUUCAUAUUCCUUCUAUUAGCACCAUAGUAUUCCACUACAAUGAUAUGCCUCAAUUUGUUUAACCAUUGCCCCCAGGCAAUGGGUACCCACUUUAAUUCCAUCUCUUCACCAUUAAAAAGGUGUGUGUGUAUACAAAAGUGUAUGUAUCAUUAUACAUAUAUACAGUGAGAGUAUACAUAGGGAUAUUGAUAUACAACUAUAUUUGUGUGUAUUUGUAUAUUAUAAUUAUUUUUCAAUAUGUGCUACCUUUCCUCUGCCUUUGACCUCCUUGGGACGUGUACCUAGUAGUAUUUCCAGUAUCUUCUGUUAAUAUCUAGAGUGAGGAAAAAGGUAAUCCCACUUUGGUGAGUAAGGGGAAGAGUAUAAGAGAUGAUGUGGAAGAAGAAUCAAUAAGCCUGAAGCUGAUUGUUUAUGUGAGGAGGAGGAAGAGGGAAUGGCUGAUGUUGUUAAUUUGGUUGAUCAUAUAGAAAGGUAGUAGAACCCAUAGUAGAAAUAGGAAAGUUUGAAAUGAAAGUGAGAUUUGGGAGGGAAAAC